AUGGUUAAGCUCCAUCUUCGCCAAGUUCCAAUCCAUUCAUCAAAUACAUUUUGGUGCCGACUGCAAUUUGGUUGGAUCAUGUACUUACAUAUAAUUAUUGUAUAUAAUAUGCUCGCUCUAUCAGUAACACGUUAUUAUGUGGUGGCUAAAUCCAAUCAAUUGCCACAUUUCAUCAAAAAUCAUCCCAACUGGAGUAUAUUCAUAUUCAUCUGGUUAGUACCACUGCUCUUUGCUUCACCACCUGUCAUUGGAUAUUGGGGCAAAUACACCUAUGCUCAAGUUGUUGGAUUAUGCUAUCCAGAUUACCAUUAUCAGCAGAAUAUCUACCAUAUCCUCUAUUUUGUGACCUAUUUUCUAUUUGUACCCAUCUUAAGCCUUAUCGUUAUAUCUGUUAGUUAUCGUAUGAUCUUAAAUGAAACAAGAGAGAAACGCCGCAAAAUUAAUGAGCAAACACGCGAAAAUGCAGUCCGAAGUUACAUUGUGGCCAAUAUAUUUCAUACAUCUGAAGAGGAAUUUAUCCAUUUCAGUCGUGAGAAACAUGAAAAAUUAUUGGCUAAACAUUUAAUAAACAUUUGUUUUACCUGUAUAUGUUCUAUUUUACCUCUUAACAUCUUUAUGGUAAUUCAUUUCAUUGUUGGAACACCGAUAACUCGAAAACUAAUUAUAAUAGGAAUCAUUUUCACCCAAGUUGCAAACAUUAUCAACAACUUCUUUUACUAUUUACGCAAUCGGGAAAAUUUCUUCUCAUUUUUAACUGGAAAUAUCAGUAAAUCAAACAAGGUAACCUGUGAAAGUGAUUUAACUUAA